AUGGUGACACUCCGUAGCCACACACGAGAGAGGGCCAGACGCCGCUCGUCUUGGGCUUUUCUCCCUCAAGAGAUCCGCCGCAUGAUCCUAGAGGAGAUCUCUCGCCAAAACCGAUGGAGUCGUGCGUCCACUGUUUGUAAAGAAUGGCAUGCCAUUGUUGCAUCGAAAAAUCUCAAUCGGCUUGAGCUGAACAGAGCAUCCACCCAAGGCCUGGAAAAGGUCAUCAUGCAAAGACACCUCAUUCGCCAAAUUUACCUCAACAUGGAGCUCCCUGACUAUUACUGCACCCAGUGCCGUAAUUAUUCUCAUCUGUUUGACCCUUCCAUGCUCACCAAAGAGGCACUACAAAGUCUGACUAAAGCGCUCGCAGCCUGGGAGCCUACACAUCAUAUAACGUUGGAGCUCAAUGCGUACUCACCGGGUGACCCAAACCACUGCUUCAAGAACCAUCUUUACGGAUUCGAACACGAAAAUCAUGAAAAUCUCCUCGAGAAGCAGGAAGCCUGGGAUGAUCCAGACCACGGCUGGUUCGAAGGAAAGCAGAAAGAGCCUCCAAAGACCUCAGCUAUUCAGCAGCUGUUCAUAACAGCCAUUGCAGAGGUCGGGAGCGCGAGCUCCCCAAAAGUUCCUGCAGUUAAAGGGGUUGUGAUCCGCCGACAGAUGCGACGUAAAAUUGACCGAAGCGCGCUCUCGAAAUUGCUAAAGCAGUUCCCAAAUCUCGAGAGCAUCACUUACGAGCCAUGGCGGGUUCUGCUCCACCUACCAAAUGAAAAUGACCUGAGUUGCGGGAAGCAAGACCAAAUGUUGCUGGAUGGGCUUCCCACAUGGCCCCAGCACGUCAGAUCAGUGACUAUUUUCGAGGAUUUCAACGAACAAAUGAUAGAAGCUAUUCGGAGCAAUCCGGUCCCAACCUUUGGUAAUGAGUCCUUCCAAGUAGAGACCCGCCGACGUACAAACUAUAGGAUGGGGGAAGCAUUUGCCGUGAAGAGCCAUAACCUCGAACAUCUUUCUGUGUCUUUCAUGAUCGAUGCUCGAGACUUCUUCACAUCUUGCAAGAUGCUCAGUGACUGGCCUCGACUCCGAUCGCUGAUACUCACAACGCCACUCAUGACGAAAGGGUCUCGGCAAAGUAUAUCGGACUUGUUGGUGAAUGCUGGCCAAGUUGCGCAAAAGAUGCAGCAUUUGAAGAGUUUGGCGAUCUGGCACUGUUCUCAAGACAAGGCCAGUGCGGUCAUCUUCCACAAGAACGAAAAGGGUGGCAGAAAGGUACAGGGCUCGGCGACUCUCACAUGGCGAGGAACAUGCGGUUUCGAUUUCAGUAAAGAGGUGGUUGAGACAUGGCAGAAAGUUGUCUGCACAUGUAAUUCUCAUCCAGGAUAUGUUGGCCAAUGCGACUCUCAUCAAUUCCUUUGCAAGAUCGAGCGAGUAGAGGGCGAAAUCAUCUCUCAUGGCGAUGCCAUCCAUCAUCUCCGUUUGCCUAAUGGUGUAAUUGAUCCUAGAUCGCUGCGGCAGAUACGCCAAGAAGGGAUAUUACAAAGAGAGGCCUGGAGAGUGGGAGCUGAGCCAGUUGAAUCUGAGGAAGAGCCAUAA